GAUGAAUAAGUUCAUAACCGUAGCUUUGAUUGCUUUAGUUAGUGUUCAAGCCUUCGAUAUUGAUUUUGCACUCUUGUUGUAGGUAAUAAUAAAUUACAAUCUAUUUCAAAGACAGGAUCACAAUCAAAUGAUGCUGUACAAGCAGUCUAUGAUUUAUUAAAUGAUUUAAAGACAAGCAAUAUAGAAGCAUAAGGACUUGCAGAUGAAAAAAACAUAUCAGAUGAAGAAAUAGGAUAAUCUAGAAUUGCAGCAUUAUCAAAAGUUAAUGAAUUGAAUCAAAAAGCUUGGGCAAGUGCAAAAGCAAGAAGAGAAUAAAUUGGAAUUGAAUAUAGAGUAAUUCACUUUAUAUAUCAUAAUUCAGGAAGCAACUGACUAUAUAGCUUGGGCUACAUAAAGAUUAGCUGAUAUUGAUAGAAGAGAAGUAGAAUUAGAAGAAUUAAGAUGUUUCUCAAAUGGAUUGUUUGUAAGAGCCAUUAAAUAACAUAAUGAUGCUUUAGGAGUCAUCAGAAUAUUAAAAAAUGAUUUGAGGUAUAAUAUAUAAAUAGAAAAUUCUUAGUGGAUAUUUAACAGGAGCUCCAUCUUCAAUGGUUGAAUUGAAAGUUGAGAAUGUUGCUGACAAACUUAAAUAAUACAGUCAAUUAUUUAAUUAAGAUGCUAUGAGUAAAUUUGCUUAAUUGGCUUCUGAAUAAGCUUCAGGAAAUGCUGAAUUACAUGCUUUAGGAGAGAAUGAAACUACAAGUGGAGGAGACAGAUAACCAGGAGUUAAUGUUGGUCAAUUAGUUUAUAAUGCUUUGAGUGAUUUAGAAGAUCAAUUAAAAACAGCUUUGUCUGCUUUAGAAUAAAAUGAAAUUGCUGGAUAUUAUCAAUUAGCUGAUUGGUUAGCUGAUUCUGAAGCUGAAAAGGCUCAUUUAUAAGAUGAAAUCCAAAGAAAAACUCAACUCCAAGAUAAAUUAGUUGUGGUAACUAUAUAUAUUAUAUAAUCUUUUUUAUAGUAAGAAUAAGCUGCCCUCGCUGUUUAAGCCAAAGCCAAUUCAGUCUUAAAAGAUUCAUAAAAUGCUAUUAAUUCUGCUACAGCUAGUUUAUAAGAGUUGAGAGAUCUCUAUGAAACAGAAUUGAAUAGAAGAAAUGGUAUUCUUUUUAAUUAUGAAAAUAGAGGAGAAUGCCAUCAUUGAUGAAGUAAUCCACAUCUUCAAAUAAUAAGUUUUGGAAAUGGCUAACUAAACCUCAUUUGGAAAGAAAUGAA